AGAAUUGAAAAAGCCAAAGAAUAUAAAGAUUCUGGAAACCAAUUUCACAAAGAGGGGAAUUUGAGACAAGCAAUAGGGAAAUACCACCGAGCCCUUUUACAGUUAAAGGGUAUUGGUAUCAGAAAAGAAGAUGUAUUAUUUGGAAUGGGAAGUGGUGAUGGAGGGGGAAACCUGUCUGAUGAAAUGAAAUCUGAUAUAAAACAGAUACAGAUGAAUUGCCACAAUAAUUUAGCAGCAAGUUUAUUGAAACAAGAUUCACCAAAUUAUGAGAAAAUCAUUGAGUAUUGUGAUCAAGUUUUAGAAGGAGAACCUACAAAUGAAAAAGCUUUAUUUAGAAAAAGUACAGCUUUGAAUAAGCUAGGAAAGUUUGAUGAUACUAUAAGAACACUUGAA